UCGGGUGUAGGGCGGGCGGGCGCUGCGGCGGCCGCGGCUGCUGCUUCCUCGGGCCAUUUUGCUGUGGAGCGGCGGGGAGGAGGAGUCGCCGAGGAGACCCCGGGCGAGGAGCUGCGAGCCGGAGGAGGCCGCGCGGACUCCGGGCUUUCCGCCGUCGCGGGGAUCUCGGGGGGCAAAGGGAUCGCCGGGGAGGGGGACCAGAGAGCCGCGCCCGCCGCGCGGAGCGCCCCUUAGCGUCCCCUGCACCAUGAGCUGGGGCACCGAGCUCUGGGAUCAGUUUGACAACUUAGAAAAACACACACAGUGGGGAAUUGAUAUUCUUGAGAAAUAUAUCAAGUUUGUGAAAGAAAGGACAGAGAUUGAACUCAGCUAUGCAAAGCAACUCAGGAAUCUUUCAAAGAAGUACCAACCUAAAAAGAACUCAAAGGAGGAAGAAGAAUACAAGUAUACGUCAUGUAAAGCUUUCAUUUCCACCCUGAACGAAAUGAAUGAUUAUGCGGGGCAGCAUGAAGUUAUCUCCGAGAACAUGGCGUCACAGAUCAUUGUGGACUUGGCACGCUAUGUUCAGGAACUGAAACAGGAGAGGAAAUCAAACUUUCACGAUGGCCGUAAAGCACAGCAGCACAUCGAGACUUGCUGGAAGCAGCUUGAAUCCAGUAAAAGGCGAUUUGAACGCGAUUGCAAAGAGGCGGACAGGGCACAGCAAUACUUUGAGAAAAUGGACGCUGACAUCAAUGUCACAAAAGCGGAUGUUGAAAAGGCCCGACAACAAGCUCAAAUACGUCACCAAAUGGCAGAGGACAGCAAAGCAGAUUACUCAUCCAUUCUCCAGAAAUUCAACCAUGAGCAGCAUGAAUAUUACCAUACUCACAUCCCCAACAUCUUCCAGAAAAUACAAGAGAUGGAGGAAAGGAGGAUUGUGAGAAUUGGAGAGUCCAUGAAGACAUAUGCAGAGGUUGAUCGGCAGGUGAUCCCAAUCAUUGGGAAGUGCCUGGAUGGAAUAGUAAAAGCAGCUGAAUCAAUUGAUCAGAAAAAUGAUUCACAGCUGGUAAUAGAAGCUUAUAAAUCAGGGUUUGAGCCUCCUGGAGACAUUGAAUUUGAGGAUUACACUCAGCCAAUGAAGCGCACUGUGUCAGAUAACAGCCUUUCAAAUUCCAGAGGAGAAGGCAAACCAGAUCUCAAAUUUGGUGGCAAAUCCAAAGGAAAGUUAUGGCCAUUCAUCAAAAAAAAUAAGCUUAUGUCCCUUUUAACAUCCCCCCAUCAGCCUCCCCCUCCCCCUCCUGCCUCUGCCUCACCCUCUGCUGUUCCCAACGGCCCCCAGUCUCCCAAGCAGCAAAAGGAACCCCUCUCCCACCGCUUCAACGAGUUCAUGACCUCCAAACCCAAAAUCCACUGCUUCAGGAGCCUAAAGCGUGGGCUUUCUCUCAAGCUGGGUGCAACACCAGAGGAUUUCAGCAACCUCCCACCUGAACAAAGAAGGAAAAAGCUGCAGCAGAAAGUCGAUGAGUUAAAUAAAGAAAUUCAAAAGGAGAUGGAUCAAAGAGAUGCCAUAACAAAAAUGAAAGAUGUCUACCUAAAGAAUCCUCAGAUGGGAGACCCAGCCAGUUUGGAUCACAAAUUAGCAGAAGUCAGCCAAAAUAUAGAGAAACUGCGACUAGAGACCCAGAAAUUUGAGGCCUGGCUGGCUGAGGUUGAAGGCCGGCUCCCAGCACGCAGCGAGCAAGCGCGCCGGCAGAGCGGACUGUACGACAGCCAGAACCCACCCACGGUCAACAACUGCGCCCAGGACCGCGAGAGCCCAGAUGGCAGUUACACAGAGGAGCAGAGUCAGGAGAGUGAGGUGAAGGUGCUGGCCACGGAUUUUGACGACGAGUUUGAUGAUGAGGAGCCCCUCGCUGCCAUAGGGACGUGCAAAGCUCUCUACACAUUUGAAGGUCAGAAUGAAGGAACGAUUUCUGUAGUUGAAGGAGAAACAUUGUAUGUCAUAGAGGAAGACAAAGGCGAUGGCUGGACCCGCAUUCGGAGAAAUGAAGAUGAAGAGGGUUAUGUCCCCACUUCAUAUGUCGAAGUCUGUUUGGACAAAAAUGCCAAAGGUGCUAAGACUUAUAUUUAAUACCAUAAAAAAAAAAAAAACUGUAAAAAAAUGGAGUUGUUUCUCCCCACAACCGUGACUGUUACAGGCAGUUCCUCAAGAGACUGGCUGGCAAGCACCACAGUGCGUGUUCUCCUGUAGUCUCACAGUGGACUUCAGGGUCCGGGCACCUGAAUUGCCUUGUCUAGUUUGGGCUGUGAUCAAGUUUCACUUGCUGAUGAAAUUUUAUGUGGAAAGCUGCCAACCGCCAACUUACAGCUGUGUCAUUCAAAAUCUGAUAAACAUUUCUUCCUUUGGCGGUAUCUGUAGAUUAAAAAAAAAAAAAGUUGCAUUGUAGCUUCUCAUCUUUCUGAAUUUAAAAGCCGGCACACAUCAUGCAGAUGCCAAAGACUUCCCUACUCUUGUUUAUAUCUAGUAUCCACCAUACACUGAGCUACAUUAGGAGGUUACAGAUUAUAACUUAAUAAACUGAACUGUGUUAGGUUGUUAAAUUGUAUACUCAUUCACUUGGGAGGAAGUCACAAGUAAAAUAACAUCUCCUCCUUCUUGACUAAAGCAGUAAAUAAGAUUCUUGUAUUGGCACCAAAAGUGUGUAUUUUUACUUAAACAUGGUCAGCAUCCUUGGUAGGGCAUCACGAGUAUCCUGUUACAUCUAUGUGAUCCCAGACGACCAGCUGAAAUCUGGAAAAGUUUGGUGAAUUGACCAGUUGAUUUUUACAUGGCAUUGCUGAUUUUCCAAGUGUCAUCAAAUUGACAGGUUUUUUGUUGUUGUUAUUGUUGUGUUUGUGUUUUUGUCGUUGUUGUUGUUGUUUUGAGACAGGGUCUGGCUCUGUUGCCCAGGCUGGAGUACAGUGGCUCACUGCAACCUCUGCCUCCCCCAGGUUCAAGUGAUUCUCCUGCCUCAGCCUCCCGAGUAGCUGGGAUUACAGGCGCGCACCACCACGCCCGGCUAAUUUUUGUAUUUUUAGUAGAGAUGGGUUCGUUGUGUUGGCCAGGCUGGUCUCAAACUCCUGACCUCAAGUGAUCUGCCUGCUUCUGCCUCCCAGAGUGCUGGGAUUACAGGCGUGAGCCACUGUGCCUGGCCCAAACUGACAGUUGACCAGAUGUGCUAGUGCUGUUUAGAUGCAGUUACUUAAAGGCAGAGCUUGUCCAUGCAUCAGCUCCUUUUGGCUGUGAUUUUUCUCUCACACUUUGUUCUGUUUCUGUUGGUUUUACAAGUAGAGCUGCACUCACGCUUGCCCAGGUGGGGCUAUACGUAGAAUGUGGUGUGGCAGCAAAUGCUUCUCCCCACAGAUCUCAGCACAUCGCUGUUCAAAGAGUUUGGGGGUUUUGCUUUUGUUUUUUUGGUUUUUUUUGUUGUUGUUGUUGUCGUUUGCUUUCAAUCAUUGGCAAAAUUUGGAUUUACUGGAAAUUAUUUUAGAAUUUCUGGCUCAUUUUAUACAAUUAACUGUAGCCAGAAUGAAAUAAAAUGUCUCACCACAUCGAAAGGAAUCUAGGCCACAUGAGAGUUUGCAUUUUUAAAUUGGCAUUGAUGUGGGAGGGGAGAUAGUGAAGUUGGUCACAUGCGUAGAUGGUUGCCAGGCAUUUCACUGUGCCCAUGGCGAGAACCCACCCUGAGAUCAUAGACAGCCCACUGCAAAUGCGUCAGAAUGAAGGUGUUGGGUCAGAUUCUCUUUUUAUCUGAUUUUGAAAAUUAUUUCCUUGUGUCCCUCCUACUUUCAAGUAGGAAAUUAGCCCCUGCCUGCCUCUACGUUGUGGGUUCAUUUGAUCAGCUCAAGUCCAUUUAAAGCUGAUUUUCCAAGCAGUCCCUGCAUUCGGGCUCUAGAACCUAGUAGGGGCUGUGGAUGCUAGGGGCUGUGUUUUCAGAUUCUCACAGCCAGUUCACCUUUACUUAGUGACAGCCUGAUUUUUUAAAAAACAUUUUUUUUUUUUUUUUUUUUUGAGACGGGGUCUCGCUCUGUCGCCAGGAUGGAGUGUGGUGGCACAAUCUUGGCUCACUGCAAACUCUGCCUCCCGAGUUCAAGCGAUUCUCCUGCCUCAGCCUCCCGAGUAGCUGGAACUACAGGCGUCUGCCACCACACCCAGCUAAUUUUUUGUAUUUUUAGUAGAGACGAGUUUCACCAUGUUAGCCAGGAUGGUCUUGAUCUCUUGACCUCGUGAUCCAUCCACCUUGGCCUCCCAAAGUGUUGGGAUUACAGGCAUGAGCCACCGUGCCUGGCCUUUUUUUUUUUUUUUUUUUUUUUUUGAGACAGAGUCUCACUCUGUCACCUAGGCUCAAGGGCAGUGAUACAAUCCUGGCUCACUACAACCUCUCCCUCCUGGGUUCAAGUAAUUGUGCCUCGGCCUCCCGAGUAGCUGGGAUUACAGGUGCCUGCCACCACACCCGGCUAAUCUUUGUAUUUUUUUUUUUUUUUUUUAGUAGAGACGGGUUUUCACCAUGUUGGCCAGGCUGGUCUCAAACUCUUGGGCUCAAGUGAUCCACCUGCCUCAGCCUCCCAAAGUGCUUGGAUUACAGGGUGAGCCACUGUGCCAGGCCCAAAUUUCUUUUGGAUGCUUUUGCUGACAUAGUAUCAAUAAAGCCACCCAUCCUGACCCCAGGCCUCUUUGUAAAUAUUGCAGCAAGAAACUCAGCUGACCCUUCAACCACAGGGAUCUGUUUAAAUGAGCAGUAGGAAGUUUCCAGCUUUACCCCAGUAAACAAGUGAAUGGGAAACCUAAGGUAUUAAAAUCUGACCUUUCUAUCUGAUGACAAACUCAUUUCCAGUCUGUGAACUCCUGGACAAAGCAAACCAACCGCUGAAAAACUCGAAAAUAGGGCAAGACGACAUUAGCCUUGUAAAAGUCUGCUUUGAAAAAAGGCAUUCUGUCAAGCUGUGUAUUUUUUUCUUAUUUAAUUCAAAUUUAGUUAUUUCGUUAUUCAAAUUUAAUUCAGAAAAUAGCUCAGUUGGUUUCAGGGGGAAUGGGGUGGGAGGGGUUUGGGCACAUAAAUUUCUGAUGAUAAUUUUAAAUGUAUGAUCAUUAAGUUGUAUGCCUCAGUACUAUAACAGGUGAAUCUCUGUAAUAUUGACUAAACAGUUAAAGAUAUUUUGUAAAUUUCAAGUCCAUCUCAUCAAUGCAUGAAAUAUUAGAAAACCAAAUUCCAAAGAAUCAGGAAUUUCCAUUUCCACCCAAAGUAUACUUUAUUAUCUUCUAGCAGUUCUCUGUUAAAAUAAAAGAAGCAAAAUCUCAGCUACUUACAUAAUUUUCUCCUUUUAUUUGAAAGUUACACUUAGACAGUAAUAAUAUGUACAGAGAAGCCUUUCCUCCCUACUCUGUUUAUAACUCUGUCCAACUUGCCCACAAACACUGCCCUCCUUAAACCCAUCUGAUGUGGGCAAAGCCACUGUUUUCUUAGGCCCAUAACUCAGUGCAGCUGUUUUAUUUUUAUAAUGCCGGUCAACCUUUUGUGUGUGUGUGUAUGUGUGUGUGUGUGUGGCGUCUACGAUGUGCUUAUUUAAUAAUUGCCAAAAUAUUUAGACUAGAAUAACUUCCGGUGGGUCAAUUGGAUUGUGACUUUCUUUUGUGGUUUUUUUGGUUUUUCGAUUGCUGUUAAGUAUUUUCGUAAUUCCCCCCACAGAAUACAUGCGUAUAUACUGCAACUUAAAAACUAAAAGCAGUACUUGAAUGAGUUGUUUUAAUGUUGUACUUUUAUCUGUUUGUUUUAUGGGUUCUCCUGCUGCCUAAUGACCUUUCUGUUUUUAUAACUGCCGGAAAGCCGCGAAGCCUCUCGCACGGGGAGCUAGGUCCCCGCUGCGGCUCCGCACUUGAGUUUAUAAACUCUGGGGUUCUGAGUAAGUUUUGUUUGAAUACAGCAACGUGAUUGUCUCUUUCUAUUCUUAUCCUUAAAGAAAAGACUCUUGUCUGGCAUCUUUUAGUUGUACCCUCAUAUCUGCCUCUCUAAUAAAUGUUAUAUUUUUUCUCA